GGAAAGUUUCUUCAUUUUAUAUUUUUAUUUUACUCUUUUUGAGUUUUGGCUGAUGUAGAAGUGUAGGUUACGUUUUGUGAAUGUACGUCAAAUGGCCAAACAAUACAAAUGAAAUAAUAUUCAAAUAUAAUAUAAUUAAUGGGUAACAUUGAAAAUGUAUAAUAUAAGCAAUUUAAUUUGUUACAUAUUACUCUUAGCAACAUUUUCAUCAGCCCGUGAGAAUUUGCACAGUAAUGUUACUUCAAAUACAUCAAGUCAAAUAGCUGAAGGAGGUGCGCUUCCACAACAUUCAGAAGAUAAAACACAUUUAAGACGAGAACAUGUAACAAUCUUGGAGAAAACUACAGCAACUAAAGUGAAUGACACAUUAACAGCGAAAGAUUUAAACGGUCAGUCUACUGUUGGAACCAGUAACAAAACAGGAUCUAAGGAUAACGAGGUAGGAAAACCAGUAUUUGAAAAGCCAGAAUUAGAUGCAGGUGUCUCAAAGAAGAUUGAUGUAAAACAAAAUGUGAAAAAGGGGGAAGGUGUAAAUUUCAAUGAUACUGAUAGUUCCAAAUAUGUACCUUCAAAAGAAACUACUUCAGCGAUGAAUAGCACAACAAAACCAGUCUCUGUCACAACAAAACCAACCACAAAGGCCACAAUACCAAAAAAACCUCUAUUUGUUGAACCCAAUGAACUUGCAUCUAAAACUGCAGAAACUAAAAAUCCAGAACCAGAUCCAAAAAUUCCCAAUAUCGACACUCUUCUCGAGAAGAAGAGCAACAGAGCUAAUUAUGUGAUUCCUAUAGUAGCUGUUAUUUUGUCUGUUCCCUUAGUGGCAAUAAUUAUGUCUGUCCUUUAUAAAAGAGGGCAGGAUUGGUGGCAACACAGAAAUUACAGGAGGAUGGAUUUUUUAAUUGAAGGGAUGUAUAACAAUUAAAAUGGCUUAAAAUAUUAUAAAUCCGUUAUUGUUACUUAUAUAUUAUUGAGUGUACCGUGCCUUAUACAGAAUGCAAUAAUUUGUGAUAUUCUUGAUAAUAAAAUGUAUUUUUAUACAGUCAAUAAAUUGUCUAAUGGAAUUUGA